GAUAGUCGUGAUCUAGCGGUGAUAGCGGAGUACCGUACCGACUUUCUAUAUGUGAAAGCGAUGGUGAACAUUUUCAGAUUUGUAAUUUUGUAUUUAUGAAUAUUCAUAAUAUUCAGUGUUCAUUUCGAUGAAGACGCUGACCUUCUCAAGUUCACUCGAAUAUAGUCGAAUUUCCGCAGAUAGCAUAUUAGCGUAGCACCGCGAGAUUCGCGGGAAUUCAGUUCUGCGCGCGCCAUCUUUCGUUCACUGGAAAAACGGGCAUGCAGAUGCAUCGCCUUUCAAAUUCCAAAUUCAGUUAUAUUCCAGUAUCGCUUGCACUCACGCUCGGUGCGUCGACUCUCGCGCAAAAUACAUGCAGGAAAAAUGGCAGGUUGGAUCUCCGGCUCGGAGAGCGACGAGGAGCCCCUCAAUCUUAAUUUGUUCAAUCGCAAGUGCUUCGGAUUUUUCGGCAUCGCGGAAGAGACGGUUAACACGUUCAAGAGCAUCGUGGAGCAACUUGGGGGUUCCUGCGAUAGUCAUCCAAAAUAUGUAUUUACUACAAGGGAAUAUUACGACUCGUUAGAUGAGAAAGACUCUAAUUUAUACAACAUUACAUUUAUUCGCGAUUGCGUUGAUGCCAAUAGGUACUUAAAUGCAGAACAGUAUAGGUUUGAUUUUAAGGAUGAAAAAAGAGAUUUCAAAGAUUUCGAUCCAUGCUGCAACAAUUUUCACAAAGGUGAGAAAGGUUGUUUCUUGUGCGAUCCAGCGUACAAAAAGGAUCUACCUACUAAACAAAGGAGAAAAAGUAAACUGCAGAUGAAUCAGACUAAAGGGGAUGAAGAAGAUGCAUCACACAUAGUCAAGACAAUGUGUACAAAGACCUCCAAAAAAGUAAACUACUGGGAACCAUGGGAGAUUCAAACGUUGUUAGAUUAUAUAAUAUAUAAUAAUUUAUUUUUGUGGGUGAAAGGUACAAAUCUGUAUAGGCGUAUGAAUGCGGAAGGCUUAUUAACCCAUAGGACUCCUGAUUCGAUGAGGGUAUAUUUUUGUAAACAAAUACUGCCAUACGUAGAUAGUUAUGAUUUACCAAAGCCAAUAAAAAGAAAGUUUAACCAAGUUCACAAUUCUGCGUAUCCAGCCCGUUCAUCACAAGUAAAGUUGAAAGUAAAGGGAAAAAAAGUGAUUGCAAAAAGACAAGUGUGCAAAAAACAGAUCAGAAAGCCAAAUCAGAAUAAUAAGAAGUGAUGACUGCAAAGAUGGUUGUAAUUAGCACAUAAGGAUACACAAAUGAUUGCCUAAAUGCGUCUUCGAAACUGAAAGUAUUUUUUUUAAUUUGAGCGAAAAAAAGUAAUAAGAAAAAGCGACUUGAAGUACUUCAUUAUAUGUAUGUACUGUACCGACGAUAUUAUUUAUUUCCUGUAAUAUUAAUGACUUAAGUAAUAAUACAGUUGUGGCUGUGCAUAGUACAUACAAUGCACUCGUAGAAAAACCGCGCGUUUACGUUGAAACCUGUGUCUUCGGACGAAGAAGUAUCCUUCGACUACACUAUAUUUUUAUAUUUGCAAAAAAUAAAGACCAUUCAAAAAGUCGA